UUUUUCCGAAGUAUCUGGUCGCGCUAAUGGUUAUAUACUUACGUCAUUCUUGAGGUAGUCGUGUUUGUUUCGUUUGCUAUGAUAACCUGUUUGAGCUGUCAUUGGAAUAGUAAUAUUAACAGGUAAAAUAAUUAAAGCUGACUUACAACUCGAGGAAAACUGUAUGGAGUUGCAAUCUCUAGAACUAGCAAAUCGCGAGCUUGAAGAGCAAAUACAACACUUACGAAGUACAUUGGAAAAAAAGUCAAGCCUAGGGUCAAUCAGUUCAGAUGAUCGCAUUUGCUUAGGUAAAAUUCGAGAAUUAGGAGAAAUCAAAGCCCAUAAAAAACGUAAGAUUCAAGAACUUGAAGAAAAGGAAACUCUUUUACGAUGUUUAAUUGAAAAAAUUCUUGGACCGAAACCUAUCAAACAAAAGAGGCUUUGCGAUCUUCUAAAGAAUAAUAGCAAGCAUCACAUAUACAGAUCAAAAAAUCAUAAGAUAAAAGAUCCCCAAAAAAUUGACAAAUCAAGACAGCGUCAAGUAAAUAAACAUAUCUGCUUUAACCUUGGUAAUGAUACAUUGAAAAGAAUGGUAAAUCACAAUCCUAUGGCAUGUAAAUGUUACGACAAAUGCCGAUCUCCAAAUCUAAAAGAAUUGUAUGUGGAUAAAGAUCUCGCAGGAAUUUGUUCCUGUCGUCAAGAAAAUGCAAAAAAUUGUAAUGUUAAUGAAUUAUGCAAAUGUGGAAAAUAUCUUUUACAAGAAUCACAAACUGAAUGUAGCGAUGCACAGGAAGACCCUCGGUGCUCAUUUUUGUGAUAAUGAUUUUGGCAAUAUUAAAACAAUCGACGUAUUCUCCUCCAAUACAAAUAUUCUUUGAAAAACGAACAUCUUUAAUAUAUGCCAUAAAUUAAUUAAAAAUCCAUUAACAUUAUUUUUCAAUGGGUAUACCUUCGUCGAGUGUGCAGUAUAAUUUUGAUAAUAUAUGUUAUAAUAUA